AUGAAAUUAAAUAGCCUUUUGACUAACCUGGCUCUAAUAGGAUUAUCAUCAGUCAAUGUUAAUGCUGAUAAUAAUGAAGAUGUGUCUAUUCAAGAGUCAAAUUUUUGUAAACUAGAUGUGAACCAACAAGUCAGUCCUUCAUGUGACAUAACGUUUAAAGAAAUAAAUGAAAUUAAUAAAAAAAUUAGACCAGAUUUGGUGUCAUUAGUUCAAACAGAAUUUUUCAGAUAUUUUAAAAUAGAUUUAUACAAAGAAUGUUCAUUUUGGGAUACCAGUGAUGCAUUUUGUACGAGUAGGAACUGUGCUGUAGAUGUGGUCGAGGAUUGGGAUAAAUUACCUGAAAUUUGGCAGCCAGAAGUUUUGGGUAGUUUGAAUAAUGAAACUGUUAGUGAAGCUACUGAAGAAAAUGAUAAUGAAUUAACUUUCUUAAACCAAUUAUGUGAUAAAUCUAAAUCAGGUUCCACUCAAAAAGUAGGAUCACAAUAUGACUAUUGCGAUUUAGAUGAUUUUAGUAAAGAAGGAUCUGUACUAGUAGACUUGGUGGAAAAUCCAGAGAGAUUCACUGGUUAUGGAGGUAAUCAAUCUGCUUCUAUUUGGAUGAACAUUUAUAAUGAAAAUUGUUUCACUGUAGGAGAAACUGGUCAAUCGUUAGCAAAGGACGCAUUUUAUAGAUUAGUCUCUGGACUCCAUGCUUCCAUUGCUACUCAUUUAUCAAAUGGUUAUUUAAACACUGAUACUGGGAACUUUGAACCAAACUUGGAUUUAUUCAUGGCAAGAGUUGGUAAUUUCCCAGACAGAGUUGCAAAUAUCUAUUUUGAUUAUUCAGUUAUUUCAAAGGCCUUAUGGAAAAUUAGACCUUAUAUGAAACGUCUUUCGUUUUGUGAUUCAUAUGAUGAAAAGGUAAAGUCCAUUUUCUUAAAUAUUGUUUCUCAAUUAGAUUCGAAAAUCUUCAAUGAAGAUUUAAUUUUUUCAGAUAAUAUUAGUUCAAAAUUAAAAGAUGAUUUUAAGUUACGGUUCAAGAAUGUCACAAGAUUAAUGGAUUGCGUUCACUGUGAUAGAUGUAGAAUGUGGGGGAAAAUCCAAACUACUGGUUACGCCACUUCUUUAAAGAUUUUAUUCGAAUUAGAUCAACAUGAUGAAGAAACUAAACAACACAUUGUUGAUAAAUUGACUAAAUAUGAAUUGAUUGCCUUGAUUAAUACUUUUGAUAGAUUAUCACAAUCUAUUGCUGCUAUUAAUAAUUUUGAAACUUUAUAUAACCAAAGAUUAAACUCGAGUAAUAAUACUCAAAAUAAAUUGGCAAAUUUCUUCCAAAAUAAUAAUUUCUUUAAAUUAUUAGGCUCAGCAAGAAAAGCAGUGACAAGUACAAUUACAAGUAUAAAAGCAAAUGCAAGUAAGGGUGGGAUUAAGGCUUCAGAAGAAAAAGAUACCUUAAUUAAAGAAAAGGAAGAACAAGUUGUCUUUGCAGAUUUAAAGAUGCCAAAGAAGAAGACAAAACAACUAGAUUCAAAUGGUACUGAAAUUGAAGGUGUCUGGGAAAAAGCUUGGAAGACUGAAAUUCAUAAUUUUAAAGAAGCAUUGAGAUUCAUUUAUCGAUGCUACGCUGAUUUACCAUCUAAUGUAUGGAAUAUUUGUUUGUAUAAUAUGAAUAAGCUAUGGAAUAGAUUCGUCGGUGUUGCAAAUUAUGUUAAGGAGGAGGAGGAUAAUCCAAUUGCUUAUAGCUUGGAUAUCCAAUAG